UCUGUAGGGGUGACAGUUUCUUUGGAUGGAAUGGGGCUAGCCAGAAACUAGUAGCACUGGGCUUUGAAUUGAAUUUGAAGUUUUCCGAAAAGAUAGCCGCAGCGUGUCAGAGAGUUCAAUAGAGAGCGGAGUGAAAUGAAACGCGAUGUCCGGAUACUGCUGUUGGGGGAACCCAAAGUGGGAAAGACCUCUCUCAUCAUGUCUCUGGUUGGAGAGGAGUUUCCUCAGCAGGUUCCUCUCCGGGCGGAGGAGAUCACCAUACCAGCCGACGUCACGCCUGAGAAAGUGCCCACACAUAUAGUCGACUAUUCAGAAAGUGAACAGUCUGAUGAAGUGUUGAGGGAGGAAAUCGUAAAGGCCAAUGUUGUGUGUGUGGUUUAUGAUGUCACACAAGAGGAAACCAUUGACAAGAUCAGGACUAAAUGGAUUCCGCUGGUGAACGGUGGUGCUGAGAAAGGAAGCAAGAUUCCCAUCAUCCUCGUGGGCAACAAGUCCGACCUGCGCUCCGGCAGCUCCAUGGAAACCAUUCUGCCAAUCAUGAACCAGUUUUCAGAGAUUGAGACCUGUGUAGAGUGCUCAGCUAAGAAUCUGAAGAAUAUUUCCGAGCUCUUUUAUUACGCCCAGAAGGCCGUUCUGCACCCGACUGCUCCGCUCUACGACCCUGAAGACAAACAGAAAUUGUGUUUCGGGAAUCCACUGGCUCCUCAGCUCCUCAGGCACGUGAAGACAGUCGUGUGGAAGAACACCAGUGAUGGAGUCCAGGACAACGGACUCACACUCAACGGUUUCUUGUUCUUGAACACUCUCUUUAUCCAGAGGGGACGUCAUGAAACCACCUGGACCAUCCUGCGUAAAUUCGGCUACGACGACACGCUCGAGUUGACCGAUGACUACCUCUACCCACCGUUACGAGUAUCGGUGUGUUGCACGACGGAGCUGAAUCAUCUGGGUCAUCAGUUCCUCCAGAAGCUGUUUGAUAAGUAUGACGAGAAAUUGUGUUUCGGGAAUCCACUGGCUCCUCAGGCUCUAGAAGACGUGAAGACAGUCGUGUGGAAGAACACCAGUGAUGGAGUCCAGGACAACGGACUCACACUCAACGGUUUCUUGUUCUUGAACACUCUCUUUAUCCAGAGGGGACGUCAUGAAACCACCUGGACCAUCCUGCGUAAAUUCGGCUACGACGACACGCUCGAGUUGACCGAUGACUACCUCUACCCACCGUUACGAGUAUCGGUGUGUUGCACGACGGAGCUGAAUCAUCUGGGUCAUCAGUUCCUCCAGAAGCUGUUUGAUAAGUAUGACGAGGAUAAAGAUUCAGCUCUCUCUCCUGCUGAGCUGAAGAAUCUAUUUAGUGUUUUACCCUACAUGCCCUGGGGCCCGGAGGUGUACAGUAACGUCCCCCUAUCAGACGACAACUACAUCUCACAGCACGGGUACUUCUGCCAGUGGAUGUUAUCGGCUUAUCUGGAUGUUCACCGGUGUUUGGAGCAUCUCGGUCACCUCGGGUAUCCCAUUCUAAUGGAGCGAGAGUCCCAGACCUCCGCUAUCACAGUAACAAGAGAAAAGGCGUUAGACCUGGAGAAGAGACAAACCCAGCGCACUGUGUUCCUCUGCAAAGUGAUCGGUCCACGCGGAACAGGAAAGACUGACUUCCUCCGAGCUUUUCUGCAGCGAAGCACUGAGAGAAACGAGCGCGACCCCGGUCCCCCCACAAUAUACGCCAUCAACACCGUCUCAAUAGCCAAUCAGGACAAGAACCUCAUCCUGGAGGAGGUGGACGUGGAAACCGAGUUUCUGAAAGCAGCAGAUGCAGCGUGUGAUGUGGCGUGUCUCAUGUAUGAUGUCAGCGACCCGGACUCCUUCAACUACUGCGCUAGUAUUUAUAAACAGCACUACAUGGACCGUGGGAUCCCGUGUGUGGUUGUGGGCUCCAAAGCUGAUCUGAUAGAAGCCAAACAGCAUCAUGGGAUGAGCCCGUCUGAGUUUUGUUACAAACAUCGGCUGCCUUCACCUCUCCGUUUCUCCACGCUGCUCACACACACUCACACACACAUUUACAGCAAGCUCACCUGGGCUGCCAUGUACCCGCACCUGAACGGAUCAGACAUGAGCAGCACGUCUUUCUGGCUGCGUGUGACUCUGGGCGCCACAAUAGCCGCCAUGCUGGGCUUCGCUCUGUACAGAGCCUUUAGCCGACACAAAUGAUGCAGACACAAUACAUGCAGAUAAACACACACUCCCCUGUUUCCUGCGCUCUGUCUUGGCCUUACUGAGUCACUGUGGCUUAACCAGGGCAUGAAGCUCUACUAGUUACAGUGACCACAAAACAAUUAAGCAGAUGUUUGUUUGUUUCUUCUCAGCUGGACUAAAGUAUUGCACACACACUUUGCUUUUAAUACGAAAAGUUCCCGAUCUUACUGUUUGACUGACAUCGGUCGACCCCAAGAGACAUUUUUUUCAUCAUGUUUUGAGGGGAACAAUAUCAAGAAAUGAUUUAAAAGGUUACGUUUUGAAUUGUACAGAGUUUGGAAUGUAUUGAAUCGCUUGGGAAAUCAGUGUGGAUCAUAAAUAUAUUCCAUGUGAAUUUGUAUUCUGUUUCUGAAGCGUGUGUUCAAAGGCAUCUCUGUGUUGGGGUCGGUUAUUGAGUUUUUAGCUCAGCCAGUUCAGGAAAUGCACUUAAAUGUAAUUUAUCAUUCACCCUCUCAAAAUGUUUUAGAAACUAAAGAAAGUUCUGGGUUAAAUAGAAGUUAAAAGAAUAGGUCAUUACCUGAAGAUUUACUCUCACUCAGAUCAUCCAAGAUGUAUAUUUGGCUAAAUUUAGCAUCACUUGCUCACCAAUGGAUGCUCUGCAGU